AUGGACGUUACGGUCGCUACACGGCGAGAAGAGCGUUUGCCAAAGGCUCAAUCCAAUGGCGCCCUUACCGUCCGAGACGCCAGGACAGAAUUGCUAUCCAAAGAGGAGCGCGAAAAGAGGCGGCGAGAGAAGCAGGCACAGCUAGCCUACGGCCGCGGGCGACGAAUAGAUGUGAAGGGAAUCAAGGACAAGAAGCUGCGCAGCAACCUGUCGAAACUGGAAACGAAAUACAAGGAUGCGACCCUCAAGGCUAAAGAUGCAGAAAUUCUCUUGGAGAACACUGCUGGCUUCUUAGAGCCAGAGGCCGAGCUUGAGAAAACAUACAAAGUGCGCCAGGACGAUAUUCGACGCGAUGUCGGCGUCGAGACUGCGCAGAAGGGGUUUGAGCUGAAACUAGAUGCUCUGGGACCCUACGCCUGCGAAUACACACGAAACGGGCGAGAACUGUUACUUGCUGGGCGGAAAGGUCAUGUCGCAACGAUGGACUGGAGGGAAGGGAAGCUGGGCUGCGAAUUGCAGCUCGGUGAGACAGUGAGGGACGUACGGUGGCUGCACAAUAACCAAUACUUCGCGGUUGCGCAGAAGAAGUACGUGUACAUCUACGACCGGAAUGGUGUGGAGAUCCAUUGUCUGCGGAAACAUACCGAGGUCGCCCAUAUGGAGUUCCUGCCCUACCACUUCCUUCUGGCAACCCUGGGUCUCUCGGCCAAUCUGAAGUAUCAGGACGUCUCGACAGGCCAAAUUGUAUCAGAAAUCCAUACAAAAUUCGGACCACCAGUUUCUUUAACGCAAAAUCCCUAUAACGCCAUAUUACAUAUGGGUCACCAGAAUGGCACCGUUACUCUAUGGUCACCAAAUUCAACAGAGCCGCUGGUUAAGCUUCUCGCCCACAAGGGUCCUGUUCGGUCCCUCGCAGUUGAUCGAGAGGGUCGAUAUAUGGUCUCCACUGGUCAGGACAACAAGAUGGCUGUGUGGGAUAUUCGUAUGUUCAAGGAAGUCAAUAAUUACUUCACUAGAACACCUGCAUCUUCAGUCUCGAUAUCAGAUUCCGGUCUAACGGCAGUUGGAUGGGGCACCAGGACUACCAUAUGGAAGGGGCUAUUUUCGAAACACGCAUCCACUCAGGAGAAGGUUUCGAGUCCCUACAUGGCUUGGGGAGGCGAAGGCAACCACAUAGAGCGAGUACGGUGGUGCCCGUUUGAAGAUAUCCUCGGCCUGGGUCAUGAUCAGGGUUUCUCAUCCAUCCUGGUUCCUGGCGCUGGAGAGGCCAACUUCGAUGCCAUGGAAGUCAACCCAUUCGAGACUGCCAAGCAACGGCAAGAGUCUGAAGUCAAGUCUCUCCUGAACAAGUUGCAGCCAGAGAUGAUUGCACUAGAUCCCAAUUUCAUCGGUAAUUUGGACUUGCGAUCUCACAAGCAGCGUGAGGACGAAAAGGAUCUUGAUGCUCCCGCAGUGGACAUCGCUGAAGAAAUUAGGAAUAAGGCAAGAGGCAAGAAUAGUGCUCUGAAGAAAUACCUAAGAAAACAACGAAAGAAGAACAUCAUAGACGAGAAGAGGCUCAGAGUUGAGGAAAUAUAUAAAGAACAACAGGAGCGGAAGGAUGAAAAGCACAAGGAACGUCAAGAACAGCUGGGCCCAGCGCUGGCCAGAUUCGCACGCAAGGAAUAG